AUGGAAAUUUUCCCCUAUGCCCCCUCCCCGCUUGUAGUUUAGCGGAAGACUUCAUCCCUCCGCCUACACAGAUUUCUUUCCCACGUUGGACACACAAUACAAACUAGUACCGUACGACACCGCUCCAUUCUCAACUUUAGUUUCUGACUGACGACACGAAAAUUCUUCUGUUCCCGCACAUCAAACUGCUCACAAACAGCUACCAUCAUGUGGCGAUUCCUGACCGUCUGCGCUGCCAUGGUUUCAAUGGCGAUGGCACAAAACGCCCUCUGGGAGAACUACAAGGGGCGCUAUGGCCUGUCAUUUGAGGGAAAGGAAGAGAGCAGGAGGAUGGAGAUCUUCGAGAACAACACCAAGCUCAUCAACUUGCAUAACAAUGAAGCCGACCUUGGGAUGCACACCUACUGGCUGGGGCACAACCAAUUCGCCCAUAUGACCAACGACGAGUUUGUUGCCAAUGUCAUCGGCGGCUGCCUUCUGGACCGCAACGCCUCCAAGUCGACUGCUGAUCGCGUGCACCAGUACGACUCCAACCUGGUCGAGCUGCCGGACACCGUGGACUGGAGGACAAAGGGUUAUGUCACCCCUGUCAAGAACCAGGAACAGUGUGGUUCUUGUUGGGCAUUCAGCACGACUGGUUCGUUGGAGGGUCAGACCUUCAAGAAGACAGGCAAGCUGGUUUCCCUUAGCGAACAGAACCUGGUGGACUGUUCCGGCGAAUUCGGUAACCAGGGCUGUAACGGUGGACUGAUGGACGAUGCCUUCAAGUACAUCAAGGCUAACGGUGGCAUCGACACGGAGGACUCUUACCCGUACGAAGCAAGGGAUGGAAAGUGCCGAUUCAAGCCCGCCGACGUCGGCGCCACCGUUACCGGCUACACUGAUAUCUCGGAAGGAGACGAAGGAGCGCUGACGCAGGCUGUCGCUACAGUCGGACCCAUCUCCGUCGCCAUUGACGCCAGCCACCACACCUUCCAAAUGUACAGCCACGGCGUGUAUUACGAGCCCCAGUGCAGCAGCACCGAGCUGGACCAUGGCGUACUGGCGGUUGGAUAUGGUACCGAAGGCGGCAAAGACUACUGGCUUGUCAAGAACAGCUGGGGAGAAGUCUGGGGCCAGAAUGGCUACAUCAUGAUGUCCCGCAACAAGAACAACCAGUGUGGCAUCGCCACAUCGGCCAGCUACCCAUUAGUCUGAGCUGCACAAAGUACCGCCGCCACCCCACCCCCAAGACUCACCUAGUCGGUUUACUUUUAAGCAAGAAUCUAUUGUAAUUCCCUCUUCAUGUAAAAACAAGUCUUUAUCAUCAUAUAGACACGAUCUGGUUCCGUACAUUGUACGUUUAACUCAACAGUUAGAACUUUUUGACACAUCUGUGCAUGUGAAGUUCACUUGCAGAACUCUCUACAACCGAAACAGUCCACGACAUUUCUGAUAAGUUGUAUAAGAAAAUUCUUACCCCUUUCAACAGAAAAAAUACCAAUCAUGCAAAUUCUGGUUUCGUAACAACAUGUAUUCAUAUAUCGACGGUGCCAGGGGCCUUAAGUGGGGCGAGACAUGGUGAUACGUAUCCUCGCUAGCGACUGCGAGAGAAACCGUAGAAUUAUUUAUCUUCUCCUUCUUUUGGAAUGUAGUGUUGCUGAUUAUUUAUGUCGAUCCGCCAUCUUGUUGUGAAAUAAGUAAAAACAUUCCAAAUACUUUAGUCAUCCUAUCUCUGAAUAAUGUCAUCGUUUGUAGAAUCCAAGUACAAGCCAUGUACCACGCCUAGUCAUAAGUCAACAAAAUGCUUAUCUGUAAACAAAUAUGUCCUAAAACAUUUGGUUAUUGCCAUAAACUCUAUAUUAUAAUCAUACAGAGGAGUAAGCAAACAAUAACGCAAUGGCACAAACAAGUUAGCAAUGACACGAUAUGACGCCUUCUCUUUUAGUUUUUCAUCUUUUAUCUAUCAGUAGGAUAAAUGCAAUAAAAAUGCUUCACCGCAGUUCUGUGUCACUGGUGGUAUU